AUGGCUCCUCAACUUCAACAGCCCCUGAACACCAACCUGUCACGGCAUCGCCAGCUUUCGCCGACGGCGGCCGUCCAAGCCGGCCAGUCUGAGGAAUGGGUUGGCGAAUGGCUCUAUUCGCGCGGUGUUCGCGAUGAAAUUGUGCUUGCUACCAAGUACAGCAGUGCCUAUCAGCUGCACGAUAAGUCGAAACUUCAAUCAAACUACGGCGGCAACAGCACCGAGUCAUUAAAGCACUCGGUCGCACGAUCUUUGAAGGUCCUCCAGACGACCUACUUCGACACUCUGUACCUCUCCUGGUGGGACUAUUCCACUUCCAUCCCGGAGGUUCACUAUUUGGGCAUUUCGGACAUCCCGGCCUGGGUUGUAGCCAAAGCAAACCAGUACGCUCGCCUGUCAGGACUCCGACAAUUUGUCGUGUAUCAAGGCAAGUGGUCCGCUUCGUUGCGCGAUUUUGAGCGAGAGAUUGUCCCCAUGUGCAUCGACGAAGGCAUGGGCCUCUGCCCCUGGGGUGUCCUCAACCCCGGCCGGUUCCAGACGGAGGAAGGCUUCAAGGAGCGCGAGAAGCACAACCCUGGGAGACAAAAAAGGUGCUGA